GUGUGUGUGUGUGUGUGUGUGUGUGUGUGUGUGUGUGUGUACUUAUCCUACCGACCAAUAGGGGACUAUGGGUUGAUUGCACACCAACCAAUAGGGGACAAUUGACUGAGUGGGGACCUAAAACCAUAGUCCCCACCAGGAUAACAGCUAUACAUGAUAGCAGCUGUCAUGCUAACAUACCUAGCAUCAAUAUCUCUGAAAGUUUUCAUCGUCCCCAAAAGUUCUGAUUUUGUCCGAAUGUGUGUGUGUGCUGAAGAUCGAAGCUUAGGAGUGAGACACCUUUGGUCAGUGGCUGUAUUGCAGGUGUGUAAACUAUGCUGCAGGCUCCACCCCAAUGACAUUGUCUGAAGUCAGGUUCCGCCCACAGAAGUGGGCAUUGUCACAUGAUGUAUCAGGUGACCAUAAGCCACCAAGAAACCAGGAAAAGACAGUUACUGGAGAACAGCAAAGGAAGUUUACCCAUAGGCUAAGGUUACUAGCCUAUUAGACAUGGUGAAACCAAGCUUAUUACCUCUAUAUUGCCAUAUUCAACAGAAUCUCCAUAAAAAGCCUGUUUCAAAGUUGUGUUUUAUCUAUGGCCUAUGAUAAACCUGGUUUAACGGGUCAACUAACUUUAAAGUUUGCCUAGAUUUGUGUGUUAACGCCACUCCUUCCAGCAACAUGGCCAUCUUAGUUUAAUUUUCAUGUCAUUGAUUACUUGUUUGCACAAAUUAAUGAGUGAUUGUUCAACAUAGGCUUCAAGUAGGCUACUUUACAGGCCUAGCCUACUAUUACUAGAGUAUUACUAGAUUACUACACGUUUGAAAUCGUCUGUGUUACGUUCGCUAAUUGCAUAGUAUUUAAGCACUUCUCGACUAAUGUCCCCAUACAGACUAUAGGACACCCCUCCCCCCAACAUUUUGGCGGUUUGGCUGCACUCCCUUUUCCACUCUCGCACUCCCGGUCUCAUCAGACUCAAGUCCCCAAAUAGACUAUACGAACGGAUCCCCCCACCCCAGAUGCUUUUGGCGGGCUCAGUUUUACAACUAGGCUAUAUCAGCACUUUUUGUAUUCCAUAGGUUUAGUCUAAAACAUUUCUAAUUGAUGAUACCGGAAUAUAAACAAUUAAAUUAAUGAAAAUAAAAAUGUAUUAAUUUCGGUUAUUUUAUUUCAAACAACGCAAGAGAUUCACGUCCAAUCAGCAGCGAUCUAUCCCACAACGUCUUUCUUCUACAACAAGAAGUACUUUGACAAGCGCCAUUUUGAUGAAACCAGGAGUAGGUGAAACGUGGAGGAGAGGACACGUGUGUGCUGUAAAUAUAUUACUUGUUGAACAUGUGAAAUGACAAGUACCAUCUCGGAGAGGUUCUUAAAACGAAUUUUAGUUUUGCGCCAGCAUCACUCAAAGUGUGAAUCCCUCUAUGAUAAAAUGGCAACCAUGGGGAAGCAGGAGAGCGAUGCAGAAUCGGGAUACAAAACGGAAGGCCCAAAAAGAACAACAAAAGUACGAAAUAACAGUGCUUCAGAAUUAGUUCCAGAGCUACAGCGAACGGAAAGUGUGUUUCUCACAAAAGAGAUGCUGGGCAUUCCAAGGGAUUCUUUGCCCAGCAGUGAAGAUAGUGGCAGUGAGGACGAUUAUGUUCCGGACUCAAAUAGCAGCAGCUCAGAGGAGCCCAGUGAUGAGGAACCUGCAAAGAAGGUCAGGCCCAAAGUUUCUUCUGCCAAGUCCAGUGAUGAGGAACCUGCAAAGAAGGUCAGGCCCAAAGUUUCUUCUGCCAAGUCCAGUGAUGAGAAACCUGCAAAGAAGGUCAGGCCCAAAGUUUCUUCUGCCAAGUCCAGUGAUGGCACAACAGCAACAACAUCCUUUUCUGCCACUGACAAUGAGAAGUCUUCAAGUGAGUCAGUAGUUGUAAUGAAUGUGAAAAAGAAAUCAGAUGGGUCAAGGGCCUACAGCAAAAGGCAUUUUUGUCUUUUUUGUUCAAAGCCUUAUGCAAAAAUGGCAAGACACUUGGAACAUGUACACAAAAAUGAAGCAGAAGUAGCUGCAGCUGUUAGAUUCCCCAAAAAUUCAAAAUCAAGAAGAAUUCACCUGGACCUUCUGCGCAAAAAAGGAAACCGGGCACACAACAUUGACGUGAUUCGUGAAGGCUCUGGCGUGAUAGUUCCUUGUAAACAAACAAGUGACAGUAAUAUCAAUCCUAACGAUUUCCUGCAUUGUUUAAGCUGCCAAGGGCUUUUCAAGAGAAGGUUUCUUUGGAAGCAUAUGAAAAGGUGCACUCUGGCUAGACAGUGUGGGGUACUCAAACCUGGCAAAAACAGAAUACAAUCACUCUGUGCAAACGCUCAACCUGUACCAGUGGGAGUAAGUGCUAAGUUAUGGAAGCUCUUAAGUGAAAUGAGUCAGGAUGAUGUUACCCAUGCCGCUAAAAAUGACGUGUGCAUUGUAAAGAUGGGAGAGCAAAUGUUUAACAAAAUUGGCCAUGAUCCUUCAAAACACGAAUACAUUAGGCAAAAGAUGAGGGAGGUUGGAAGACUGCUGUUAGCAGGUACACAGGAAUCCCCAAUGAAGACAAUGGAGGAUUUCAUUCUUCCGUCGAACUUUCCACAUGUUGUGAAUGCUGUGAAGGAUGUAGCAGGCUUUGACAGUAACUCCAAUUCUUUCAAAAUACCUUCACUGGCUUUAAAAUUAGGCCACAGCUUGCAGAAGAUUGCGAGCAUUAUUGAAUGUAAUGCAAUGAUAUCGGGGAAAAAGAAAAUUGUUGAAAAUGCACAACACUUCAAACAAAUUUACCGAACAUGCUGGAAUGAAAAUGUUUCCUCAUCUGCACUGAAAACACUUUCAGAAGCGAAGUGGAACACCCCACAACUGCUGCCAUUCACUGAAGAUGUUAAAAAAAUGCACAUGUACAUGGAUCAAAAACAAAAAGAAGCAUACCAACAGCUAACAAACGAGGAAUCAUCAAGGAACUGGGUUGAUCUAGCUGAGGUAACCCUCGCUCAGCUUAUACUGUUCAACCGUAGAAGAGAGGGGGAGGUGUCAAAAAUGCGCCUAACUGCCUUCACUGAAACUGAUGUGCCAUUGCAUGCAGAUGUAGCUGAGGCUCUAACUGCUCUAGAGAAGAAGCUGUGUGAACACUUCAAAAGGAUUGAAAUUCGUGGGAAGAGAGACAGGAAGGUCCCUCUACUGCUAACCCCAGCAAUGCAGGCGUCCAUGGAAUUGUUAGUGAAGACUCGUGCAUCCUGUGAGGUUCUCGAAAAUAACAUCUAUUUUUUUGCCAGACCUAGACAAGAAACGUUUAUUCGAGGCUACAAGUGCAUUCACCAGUUUGCAAAGGAGUGCCAAGCCAAAUACCCAGAGCGCUUAUCCUCUACGAAAUUAAGGAAACAUGUAUCCACACUUUCCAAGGUUUUGAACCUCAAAGAUACAGAAAUGGAUCAAUUGGCUGAUUUUUUGGGCCACAACAUCGCAGUCCACCGCAAGUUCUAUCGUCUGCCAGAAGGAACACUACAACUGGCUAAAGUUAGUAAAGUCCUGAUGGCCAUGGAAAGAGGGUGCUUAAUGGACUACAAAGGAAAGAAUUUAGAUGAAAUUGAAAUUGAUCCCAAUGAAACAAUUCCAGAGGAGAGUGACCAUUCAGAAAGCGAACUGACGGACGAAGAACUAAGCCCACCUUCUACAUCCUACCUACCUUCAGCUGCUAAGAAACGCACUUCAAAGAAGAAACAGUGCAUGCAAUCAGAGGAAGAGUCCGAGGAUCCAGGUUCAGCUGCUAAGAAACGCACUUCAAAGAAGAAACACUGCAUGCAGUCAGAGGAUGAGUCCGAGGAUCCAGGUUCAGCUGCUAAGAAACGCACUUCAAAGAAGAAACAUUGCAUGCAAUCACAGGACGAGUCCGAGGAUCCAGGUUCAGCUACUAAGAAACGCACAUCAAAGAUGAAGAGCCAAAGUAAAUGUGAUGAAAUGAACUCCGAUGUUCCAGAUGCAGCAUCCAAGACAUCCUGCCGCAAGAGAAGACCAUGGAGUCAAGAAGAAAUCCGCGCUGUUGAGAAGACCCUGAUGAAAUUUAUCACUACAGGCAGAACUCCUGGGAAGGCAGACUGCGUUUCUUGUAUCAACUCAGCACCUGAAGCACUUAAGUUCCGUGACUGGAUGUCAGUUAAGUUUUAUGUCAAAAAUCGUUGUGUGUCCUACCAAAGAACCACACAGACCCUUUUAUAGCAAUUUGAUAAGAAUGAGUUUGGGGGUGGGAGAUGGGAAUGUGUUCAGUUUUCUUAACAGGGCUUGAGCAUUUCAGAGGACCACACAAUACAUGCCCUGUACUUACACAGUAUUCUUGUUUAUAUUUUAUGUUGGCAGAGGGUCAGCAAUGUUUUUGUCAUUGGUAUUACAGUACAUGCACUUUAUUUUAACAGUACUUAAAUGAUUUUAGGUUGGGAGAGGGUCAAUUGUGUACUUUCGUUGUUAAUACUACAUGCUCAUACAAACAGGCUUUAGAGGAAAAUUAAUGAUGCUCAUGAUUGUAAUAAUGUUGAAGUGUAAAGAGUUGCGUGUGAGAAGAAGGUACGUUGUAUCCUUGUUGACGAGGUUCGUUAAAAAUAUUCUGACAACACACUUUUUUUUAUUCAUUUUAAUAUUUCUUUUAUUUUCAUUAUUCACUUGGUAUCUGCAAUGCCUGAGUAGAUAUUUUAUAUUGAGAAGGUAUCUGCUUUUUCACAUGGUGUUGACUGUAGCAUUACUAGCACUUUCAGAAAUAAUGUACGCUAAUAACUAUCACAACAAUCUACCUCAUAACGUUCUAAUGAAGUGUGGUUGUGCAUUCUGGCACUGUGUUAAGCAGCCAAUAAAUGUGUUGAUUGCUACUAA